ACCACUAGAGGGCGCCACCAGCCGUCUCCCUAUAUAGACGGCCACCAACAACCCUCCGUCGCCAACUUUUGCCUCCUGUCUCGCAGUGUUUCAUUUUUCUAGGAACUUUUAAGACUUUAGACCCGGGAACUGCUUCCGUUUUUUUCAAAAAGAACUUUUGAUAGGACAUUCAGAUAGAGAAUUUUUUAGAAACUUUGUUAAUGCACUAGAACUGAUCAAGAAUAGAGGCAAGAUCUUGAAGACGCUGGGAUUUUUAGACAAGUCAGAAGAUAUAGAGGUCGUGCCGCAACUACUAGCUACCAACCAUGUACAGUAUAAUGAACGUAUUUCUCCUGACGGUGAUGACCGGGUCUAGCUGGGCCGUCUUCUACUACCAGAACGCCGGACCAGACUACCCCAGACUGGGAAAACGGGCCUACUACUCGGGCGAUAAACUUUACCCCAGGCUAGGUCGUAGGGACGCACCCCCGGGCCAGACCUUGUUCCCCGCCACGGCCCUGAGUGACCUCCCACAGGAAGAUAAAAGGGGCGUGUUCACCAAGACUGCGUACGGUUACCCCAGGACGGGAAGGAGAUCGGCGGAAAGUAUGGAGGAUUCUUUGAACGACAGCAGAAGUCAAAUCUUGGAGAAGAUCGCUCUCAUUGAAGAAGAUGAAGCUAGGAACAAGGCGCAGGAGGGACAAGGGAGCGAAUCACUGGACAUUCUCUUUCUGGAACUAGACUCCGACAAUGAUGGGAAGAUAACCAAAGACGAGUUCACGACCGGCAUGAGCAGAUACAGAUCCCAGAAUCCAUUCUGCUGACGUCCAUCUCCCGGACUGACGUCAACAAGCAAUUUUUUUUUCUUCACCAAACUUUUAACAUACACAUCGGAGAUCUUAUAUCAUUUGUUAAUUAGCUUUUUAAAAUAAUGGUUAAUUUAUUCCUUUUUUUU